CGGGGUCACCGCCACAGGGCAGGGCGGGGCGGUCCGUCUCCCCAGGUCACCGGGCGCGUACCCAACGGCUGUGUCAGCGGCUCAGUGGGUCAGAGUCCCCCCCCCCCCUCCGAACACGGGAGGACAGGUCACAGCUCGGAGCGCUACUGGUCCAGUCAGACACCGCUGCCGUCCGCCGAACCAUCAUGUCCCGCACGGGGACACCAGCGGCUGUUCUAGCUACUCUCCUAGCAGUCAUUCUGGUGGAUUUGGCCCUUCUGCCGCCUUCAGCUGCUGGAGAGAGCCCAGCACUGACGCCUUGCUCGGUGAUCCUUCCCCGACAUUGCACGCCAGCCAACUGCGCUCUCCCAGUGGUAACUGAAUCCUGCUGCCGCUGUCACAAUCUAUGUUGUGGCUCGAGUGAUAACCGACAGAAGUCUGACGAUAUCGAGCGCGGGGAUCUGGAUUCCACCGGUUCUGAGAGCUCCGAAGCAGAGGAGCAGCCGGCAGAGUCUGGGUCAUCUGGAGCCCAAACGACUGAAGACAAUAAUGCAGCCGUGAAGCUUCCGCAGCCGUUGGUUCUCGCUCCAAAAUCCCUCGGCUUUCUGCCACCGGGGUACCAGCCGAUUUCUGACCAGGAUGGCACGACCUCGGCGCCAGCCACCUGCGUGGAACCGGGCUUCCCCGCAGCCGUGCGGCAGCACGAAGACAUCUGGCCAAGCCUGGUGAAUCGGUGUCUGUAUCUCAAGUGUCUGUCAGGUACCGUGCACGUAAUCCUCAACAAAUGCGGCGACUCCUCGACCACUUCGCCACCAACGACGCCUGCAACAGCGGCGACCCCGACGACGACUUCGGCAGUGUCGGUAGCUCGCUGGGCCAGUCACUACUAUCCGUGCGUCGAUCCGAACACUGGAGAUGUGUACCAGCACGGAGAGACGCGACAGGACACCGAGCUGAGCUGUGGCUUCUUCCUCUGCUCAAAUGGCUCCUGGGUGUUCGGGGGUUUCCACUGUCCCACCCCUGGCAUCGACCCGGACCUCCCCGGUCCGGACUUACCAGACCCAGGGGCCCCAGUUCCGGAUCCUCUCGACCCACCGGUCGUGAUUUUCCCCUUGCCGACAUCAUCUGCCCCUCCUGGUGCCACAACCCUGUCCCCGAACCUGCCGACUGUAGUGCCCAGACCCUCUCCGGAAGACGGUCCCUGGGAACCAGACAGCUCAUGCGUGGACGACUUUGGGCAAACACAGGCGAGCGGCAACACGUGGCUGGCUCCUGGCCAGCUGUGUGUAUACUACCGCUGCCAGAGCGGCAUCAUCAGCUCCUUCACCAAGUCGUGCUCACCGCCACCUCCCGGCUGCGUUACCGGGCCGGUCCUCCCGGGCAAGUGCUGUCCGUCGGUCUCCUGUCCUCAAAGCCCGCGCGACUGCACCUUCGAUGACAGGACGUACAGGAGCGGUGAGGUGUUCGCGGACAAUCCCCUGCACCCGUGCCAGCAGCUGAGAUGUGACGAUGGUCUGGUGGUCAGCAUGGGGCCGCCGACAUUCUGUUUGGCUGUGUACUGCUCGCAGCCCGAGUGGCCCGAGGGCGCCUGCUGCAAGACGUGUCCCGGCGGGGAGCUGCCGAAGGAGCUCGAGGAGCUGAAGCAGCUAGUGCUGAGGCUGGGCCGGAGGCUGAACCUGCCGGCCGAGCUGAUGUCGAGGCUGGAGGAGAGCGUCAACAGGCUGGUGGCCCAGCUGGCCGCCCUGCUGCACGACUCUGACGACUCGGUGACACUCGACACGUUGCUCAACAACCUUAUAGAGAUGACGGACAUCCUCAACUCACUGGCGACCGGUGUUGCGGAUCAGUCCAUCACCUUACUGGAGGUGCUCCUCGGUCAGCUGCGUGUCCGUCUGCUGGCCAUUGUGGAUCAGCUGAGACCGAGCAUCACCGACGAACAGAUCUCCAACGCCCGUAUCGACAUCGACGAGUUCGUCGCCUGGCUGCGAGCGUUCCCGUCGGCGGACCGGACGAGCGCGGCAGGCAUCCUCAUCAACGACCUCACCCGGCUCUUCUCCGGCCUGCUCAUGGAGCCAGGCUGUACGGACGCGGUGGGCACCGUCCACCCGGUGGACACUCUGUACGUGGACAAUCCAGAAGCACCAAACACCUGUUUCGUGUGCGCCAAUCUGAGCUCUGGAGUCUCGCCGCUGGCAGUGAUGAAUAUCAGCGAGUGUGGAGGCCCUCCACCGGCCGGCUGCACGGCCAGGCUGGAGCCCAACAGCUGCUGUCCGCGUGUCAGCUGCUCCCCAGGAGCGGCUGCGUGUCGGGACGACCGCGGUGAGCUGCACCCGCACGGCUCCACCUUCUUCGACGACCCGAAGUACCCGUGCAUCACGUUCAACUGCACUGACGGCGUAGCGGCUGUGGUCGACAAAGUGUCGUGCAUGGCGCUGCCCGACGGCUGUUCCCCGUGGAAGAUGAAGGGAUUCUGCUGUCCUAAAUCAGACUGUCCAGCCGUCGAGUGCGUGCACGAGGGCCGUCGCCGUGACGACGGCACCACAUGGCCGGCGGACCCGCUGCGUCCCUGUGUGGUGCACACCUGUCUGGGAGGUCAGGUAACCUCAGAGGACCGCAGUGACCAGUGUCUGCCACCACCGGCCAGCCACUGCGUGCCGCGACUGGUCGACUACCGCUGCUGUCCACAGUACGACUGUGUCAGAGUGAACUGCACGUACCGCGGCCGGAUGUACCGCGAGGGUGAGACGUGGUCGGACGACCCGCAGUACCCGUGCCGGCGGUACCGCUGUACCCGCCGCGGUACGGAGCGCAUACAGGACCAGACAGUGCUGUGCAAGGGUCGCCCCCAUGCCGGCUGUACCGGUCACAGAGACAUCGGACAGUGCUGCAAACAGUGGAUCUGCCCGCAAUGCGAGCACGGAAACCGUACCUACUCUGAGGGGGACGUGUUCUGGGCGGACCCUGAUCGCCGCUGUGUCCAGAUGGCCUGUCGAGAGGGGGUCACGGUACAGCUCACCCCUCAGACAACCUGUCCUCCCGUGCCGGCCGGCUGUACCCCAGUGUACUCCGGUACCACCUGCUGUCACGUCAAGUACACCUGUCCCUUCUGCAUGUUCGACCCGCAGGGGAACUUCAUUCAGAUGGUGCUGGAAGGCCGCGGGGACUCCGGAGCCUAGCGAUGGGUGUGCGGUAGAUGUAGUUUUAUUUAGGGCUGUUUAGUGAUAGCAUUUGAGGACCUCGUGGCUUUGGAGUUUGGCUGUGUUUCUGUGGUAGACGCAACUGUAGAGGUGUGUGGUGAAAAUACUGUGCUAGUGUGCACAAAUAGACUAGCAACGGUACAAGUAUGCAAUAUGAACGCUUGUGCUACCUGGCGGAGCUGGGCUGGUGCAAGAAAGAUGUAUGGAUACUUGAAUAACCAAGUAACUACAUCGAUGAACAGAUGUUCCGAUUCGCAAAUGUUACCUAAAUAUCAAUGUGAUAUAGAGGCAUGUCGAAAUCGUAUAGAGACUUCAAAUGAUGAAUGUCACUUAUGUAAUUUAGUAAGCGUGAAUGCCAUGAACUCUCAAUGUGAAUUUGGUUUGAAUAAACUGGUGUAACGCUAAA